AUGAUAUCUGCAACAACACAUCUAAUCUGUCGUAAGACAAUUGAUAAUAAUGAUGCAUCUCCGUAUGCAUCAGUACGCUUUGCUAAUAGAUGUCCGCCGAAGAUUGAUAACAAAUGUUUACGCUCUAUGGUGGCCGAUUACAUUUCUAAAAAUGAGAAUUUAAAACAUUUAGUCUUAGAACGUGAUACAAAUGGUGAAAAUAUUAAAGUUUAUUGUGAUAAAAUUAAAAAAGGCAACAUACAAGAUGAUGAAUUAGAAUUUCGAGUUUUGGCAAUGUUAUGUCAUUUAUGCAUUUGUGUUUUUUUAAUAAAAAAAACUUCAGAAGGCAACAUAAAUAUCAAUGUUUUGAAAUAUGGUGAACAAGUAGAAAUAUUCAUAGAAUGUAUUUAUAUUCUUUAUGAUGAAGAACAUAAACAUUAUGAACCAUUAUAUGCAAUUAACAAACAAAAUCCCGAUGAAAACAUCACAAUUUUUAAACGUAAUGAUGAAACCGUGAUUCAACUUAUUUACAAAUUUAUUCAAGAACUUUAUUAUGAUGUUAACACACCAUCCGAUUGUAAUAAUUUAGCUCAUGUAAAUCAACAGCCAACUGAAUCAAAUGUUUUAAAUGAAAAUGACAGCAUAUCUGAUUUGAUUACUCCAAGUGCUAGUACAAAUUUAUAUAAUAAACGAAAAACACCACAUUAUGAUAAUUUUCUACGAACUCCAACUAUUAAGGAAGUACCAUCAUCGAUAUCUGAUAGAACUUAUGCUUCUAAUAAACGAACAAAAUCUUUUGAACUCGAUAAUCCUGAUAAAUCAUUAUCAGAUAAAAACAAUAGUGAAUUAUUAACUAUUGAAGAAUAUUUACAAAUGAAUAUUAACAUUAAUCUAUCGGAAGCAUUGAAUGAUGAACUUGAAAUAGACAAAAUGAGAUUCGAAAAUGAACCUGCAUUAAAAUUUCGUGGUCGUACAUCACGUGAUUUUAAACCAAAAAAAGCAACAAAACGUAAUGGUAAACCAUCAGAACCGAGACCACCACGUUAUUUUCAAGAUUGUAGUCAUCAUCGUUAUUUGAGUUUAUUGAUUCCAGAAGCAUAUUUUUCACCGGAUAUCAUUGAAUAUUGUUUUGAAAUUUGUAUAGUAACACCAGAAAUUAAUGGUUAUACAUAUAUUAAUUCAUAUUUCAAUUUUCAAGUACAUCCAACAGAUUCACAAUCUCCAAAUCUUAAUCCAAUAUAUAAAUUUUUUAAUAAUAUAAAUGAAUUUAAAAGAUAUUCAGAAACAUUACGACAAUUAAAACUUCAAUUAGUCGUCGUUAUGCAUACAAAUAAAGAAUUGUUACAAAGUGAUCAACCAUUACAAAUUUUUUCAUCGCCGAAAAAUACUGAUCGUUCAACAUCAGUGAUAUUUUGGUUUCGAAAUAAUCAGGACUUAAAUCCCUAA